AUGGCCCUCUCGAGUUCGGUAAAGAGAGCUCUUUUCGACGCCGCACUUUUCACGGCCUCACAAAUAGCUCUCUACUACACCAUCCGAUGGGUACUCGACUCCGUGGCGUCACCAGUAGAGAAGAAGGAGGUCAAGCAGAAGAGUCUAGAAGCACUAGAGAGUCUGGGCCACAAAGACCUCAAGUUGGAUGAAUAUGAAUCGCAGAUAGCGUCCGAGGUAAUACACCCUGAUGACAUUGACGUCCGCUUCGUCGACAUCGGCGGUCUGGAACCCAUUAUCGAGUCCCUCCGCGAAUCCGUUAUCUUCCCCCUCCGCUUCCCGCAUCUCUUCCAGUCGUCGUCACUCCUGGGCGCACCGAAAGGAGUCCUUCUCUUUGGCCCACCCGGAUGCGGCAAGACGAUGAUGGCGAAGGCACUCGCGAAGGAGUCCGGCGCGACAUUCAUCAACAUCGCCGCCUCGGUGCUCACCAACAAGUGGUACGGUGAGAGCAACAAGCUCGUCGCGGGUCUCUUCUCCCUCGCGCGCAAAGCGCAGCCCGCGAUAGUUUUCAUUGACGAGAUCGACUCCUUCCUCCGCGAGCGGACCAAGGGCGACCACGAGGUAACGGGGAUGAUGAAGGCCGAGUUCAUGACGCUGUGGGAUGGAUUGACCUCGAGCACGGACCGGAUAUUGGUCCUCGGGGCGACGAACCGGCCAACCGACAUCGACUCCGCGAUUCUGCGCCGUAUGCCGAAACGGUUCGCAGUUGGACUUCCGGAUGUGGACCAGCGAGAGAAGAUUUUGACUCUGAUGCUCCGGAAUACGGAUCUCGUCCCUGGUUUCAACUUAAGAUUGCUUGCGGAGCAGUCCGUGGGGCUCUCAGGUUCGGAUUUGAAGGAGCUGUGCCGGAAUGCUGCCAUGCUGCCGAUGCGAGAGCUGCUCCGGGAGUCGCACGGAGACCCGGAGAAGCUGGCGGGCAUUCAAACAGAAGAUUUCAAGCUACGUCCGCUGAGCAUGACCGACUUCUUCCAGCGAGAGGCAACAAGUCCGCUGCCUGUGGACUGA